GUCCGCGUCCGUGGUCUUUGUGCUUUUCAAGGGUUCCGUCGCCACUAACGCCGCCGCCGCCGACGCCGCCUCCGACAUACACUGCGUCGCUGUUGUUGUCGGUUGACGAUUUUUAUUGUUUUGUCAGUCGUCUACUCGUCUAUAUAAAAUAUAUUAUACGCGAUCGCAAUUUUUAUAAUAUCGUACCCGCAGCCAUUACUGUUUUUUGUUGUAAUUUUUUUUAUCAUUAUUCUUGUCGUUUCGUGUAAUAAAUAGUGUUUAUUUUUCGAGACUGUUUACGCGCCCGUCUAAUUAUAAUAUUGUUACUAGUACGUUGUUACGAAUUUAUUAUAUUUAGUAAGUUUCUGAUACCCGCGAAACGAGUUAUGUCUAACGAAGAUCAGUGUUGUUCGUGAUUGUUACACGCGAAUUUCUGUCAUCCACGCGCACUCGGAAGUCGCGUACUUCGCGCUCCAUCGUGUCUUGCUCGGAGGAAGUAUUCCGUACGUCGCACAAGUUGCCGCACCGAAGUAACGUCACCACGAUCAUGACCAGAAGGAAGCAACACUGCCCCAAAAGAAUGAAAUGGGAAGGUGGUGAAGGUGAAGAGCCACCAGCGGGAUAUCAAGAAGACGACGGUGGCUGUCCGGAAGACGACGAGGACGAAGAGGAAGAAGAGGAGGAAGGCGUGUCUGGUGGAUCGUCCGGCUCGCCACCGAGGUCUCCGAUACCGUCGAGCACGGACGUCGAACAAGACGUCGCAGUGGCUAACGAGCGUUUGCCUCUGAGAGAAUCAAACAGUCCAUCAAAAAUGAGUAGAGGAUCACCGAGAAGUGAAUCAAGUCUUCCGCCUUACGAAGUACCGUUACUGGCAACUGUGUCUCCGGGACGAUCGCCACCAUCGUUGGACGUGCUAGAUUUCAGUACGAAAAGGCCAGCCAGCCCACCGGCUUCUUCCCAGCCUGCAGCCAUGAACCUUAGUAACAACAACGAAGACUCACCGAUCGAUCUGACUAUUAGAAGCAAAAAAAUAAAACUCGACCCAUCGCCCGUGUCACCGUCCACCGACGCGUACAAUCGGAUGAGCAGGCCCUGGGCACAAUACACUACCCCGGUGAUAAGGCCCAUAUCCAGAGGCGAGAUGAUGACGCCACCAAGCGAUCCGGUGCACAUGUGGAACGGUAAGCACGGCAAACUGACGUACGGAUCGUUUCCGUCAGCGGCGAGUGACGCUACUAAGGCGCUGGAAAAGAUGUGUGAACUGAGUAAGCUUCAAGACGAACCGAGAUCGGUACUAGCACCUAGCUCGGGACGUCACAGUGCAUGGCAAUCACACUGGCUGAACAAGGGAGCUGACCAGACCAAAGACGUGCUCAAGUGCGUCUGGUGCAAGAUGAGUUUCCCCACACUGCAGGCUAUGUCAACGCACAUGGCCGAGACCAAACACGGAACAGCCGCCGCUCAAAGCCUCCAGCCACCCCCGCCACCGCCCCCACCACCUGUGUCUACAUCUUCUGGCCACAAAAAUGAUCUCAACAUGUUGAUUAAGGAGACAAUGCCGUUGCCCAGGAAGUUGGUGCGCGGCCAGGACGUCUGGCUUGGAAAAGGCGCGGAACAGACUAGACAGAUACUCAAGUGCAUGUGGUGCGGCCAGAGCUUCAGGUCUCUGCAAGAGAUGACUACUCACAUGCAGCAAACACAACACUACACCAACAUAAUUUCGCAGGAGCAGAUCAUAUCGUGGAAGUCUGCGGACGAGAACAAAUCGUCUAGCGGUGGCAAUAACGUGAGCGCCGCGUCCACCAGUUCGCCGGCUAGCUCGGUAAACACGUCUGCCAACCACGUGAGCGCUGUGCUCACGUGCAAAGUGUGCGAUCAGGCGUUCAACUCACUCAAAGAGCUGAGUGUACACAUGGUGAAGAAUGCACAUUAUAAGGAGCACAUGAUGCGAUCGAUUACGGAGGGUAGCAAUAGGCGCCGGCAGACGCGGGAGAAGCGGAAGAAAUCGCUGCCGGUGCGUAAGCUAUUAGAGCUGGAACGGGCUCAGCACGAUGUGAAGAAUGGUGACGGAGGAUAUCCGACGUCUGGUGGUGGUUUCAAGGCGGUUAAUGACACCAAUCACCGUUUGGGCAGGAUAAUUUGUGAAAAGUGUGGUGAAAAGGUGGAUGUUGCCAGCUUCAUGGAACACUUGCGGGUGUGUGUUACGAUGACUGCUGACCAGAAGAACCUUCUGAAAACCGCAUUGAUGUCGCAAAAUUCGAUGUCAGGUGCAACGGCAGAACCGGGCCGAGAGAAGAGACCCAAGAAAGAGCAAGACAGAUCUCAAGCGGCAGCUGACCUGUCGAUGAAUAAACCGACCGUGGCUGCAGCCACCACAGGUUCAUCGUCGCCGUCCGUGCUCAAUGCCAUCGAGAAGCUGAUUGAGAAGAGCUUCGACUCGCGGCUCCGUUACGGUACGUCGGCUACAGGCGCUUCAAUCGGUGAGAGCAUACUUAAGCGUUUGGGAAUUGACGAGAGCGUGGACGCCACAAAGCCCAUAAUGGACGUGCAGGCGAUGAGCUUAUUGCGAAGCUAUCAGUCACUCGGCCGGCACGAGCGGAGUGGCAGCGAGUCAAGCUCCAUGUCGCCCGAGUUGGCAGCCAUGCGUAGCGAUUCGACCACUCCAGACCGUAAGUACGAACCGUCUGAAUAUCAACGCAUGCGGUCUGUGACGCCCAAAUCAACGCCCGAGCGGCACAGUUCGCCCAAAUCGUCGUCGUCGUCGUCCGGAAAAGGAGGUCACGGUGGCCAGGAGGUCUCCGGUGGCGUAGAAGUCAAGAGUGAGCCGUCCGGCGGGCCAGACGAAGGAUGCGUCACAGGGGACUUUGAAGUGAAGAAGGAGUAUGUAGAUGAAGACGACGCGGUAGUUAAGAGCCCCGCCGAGCGGCGGGCUAGGAGCCGGGAGUCAGCGGAGGGUUCGGUUGCGGACGAGACGAAUGGAUCGAGUCGAGGUCCGACGCCCACCAAUGUCAAAAGUCCGCUGAGUCCAGCUGGCAGUGACAAAUCCAUGGAUAACGGAAAGAAGACCCCGGUCACUUCCAGUAGUCUGGGUGCCCUGUCGUCGAUGUUUGAGAGUUUGACUUCGGCUGCCAGCAGUGCAGGCAGCGGAUUGUCGUCUUCCGCAAACGGCGAUGGCGGUGGUGGAAAAAGUGGUGGAGGCGCCAGCAGCCACCCCCUGGCUGCCCUACAGAAGCUCUGUGAUAAGACGGAGAACCACCACCACCCGCACAACCAUCAUCACCACCACCGGCCCAGCAGCCGUUCGUCGUCUAACGCAUCUGCUACCAACGGAGGACCCGCGCAAUCCAUGUCGCCGCCCACAUCCAUCACGGGCAGCACCGCUCCUGGUGCUAUCUUGGCGUUCAGCUGGGCGUGUAACGACGCUGUCGUAACGGCCGACUCGAUCAUGAAGUGCGCUUUUUGCGACACACCGUUCAUAUCUAAGGGUGCGUACCGGCAUCACCUUUCCAAAGUGCAUUUCGUCAAGGAAGGCAUCACGCCCGAACCGAUCAUGUUGAAACCGGCCUCGUCGUCGUCGUCGUCGGCUGCUGCCGCCGCGUCUGGUCACCAACAGUCUUCUUCGUCGUCCGCAGCCCAUUCGCCUUCGCCUUCGCCCUCGUCAUCGUCACAACACAAAUCGUCUCCAAAUCACAACAAUAACAACAGCAGUAGCAACAACAACAAUAACAACAACAACGGGUCGCCGUCUACUUCGGCCGGUGCUGGUGUCAAGAGUCCCGAAACUAAAAACGGUGGCGGUUACGACGAGAGUCCGCAUUCGAAAUUCCUCAAGUACACAGAAUUGGCCAAACAGCUGUCCAGUAAAUACGUCUAGUCAACGCGACAACGCACACAACGCGCGUCCGUUAUAUUAUAAACACGGUGUAUACGAUGAUAACGUUAUCAUCGUAGUGCCUAUGUUAUAAUAUUCUGUAUUAUACACACAUUGUUGAUUUCACUUUAAUAUAUAACCGAUGUUUGUCCGUUGGUUUUAAAUUGUUCAUGUGCGAAAUCCUCCUCUGUACAUACGACAUAUUAUAUUCCGUAACGUUUUAUGUAUGCACAUGCCGUACAUAAUAUACAAUUUCAUUAUACGUUUAAAACCUUUAUUACGACUUACUACCGUUACUAUAUUACUACUAUUAAUACAAGAUAUAGACGCAUAGCGUGAUGACGAAAAAAAAAAAAAUCAUAUUUUUUAAUAUUAUGUACCUAAUCUCUUCCAUGUACGGUGUAUGCGAACAGUGGCGUCGAACCCAUUAAUUAAAAAUACAAAUGUAUACGCGUUAGAUAAUUAACGAAACAAUUGAUUGUUUUUAAUUUUUAUUUUGUUAAACAAUUUUUAAGAGAAAACUGAUUCGCGGAAACUGAUUUUUAUCAUUUAUAUAUAUAUAUAUAUAUAUAUAUAUAUAUAUGUAUAUUACACAUUAUAACAACACGCGAACGAAUGUCCUUUAUAUAUCUAUACGCGUUUAUUCGAUAAUAUUAUUAUUGUGCGCGUCGUUAGGCUAGCGACAUUUUAUUAAAUAUGAUAUAUAAAGAUGUUAAAUUAUUUAGUACGAUAUUUGUAAUACAAUUACGUUUACGAUACGUUUCUGCUCAUACGCUAUACAAGUGUCCUGUGUUAAAACGGAUGUAACUUUAAGGAUAAAACAUUUUAAAAGGCUGUCACGUCAACUAUGUAUAACGAUUAAUGCUUAAGUGUAGAGUUAAUUAUUUUAAUCGACGAUAGGUUAAGGAUAUUCAUUUUCCGAUUAGACGUUCCGUCUCGCGGAAACCAUUCCACUUUGAACUAAACAAUAUUUAUAUUUUAUAACAUUAAAAAAAAACCCACAAAAAAAAAAAAAAAACAAAUAUGUAUACUAAAAAUGUUGUUCUUC